GGUGAAAAAAAAGGAAGUGAAAAGAAUAAUGUCCAAAAGCAACAAAGAAGCCAAAAAAAAGAACCAAAAAAAAAGAAACGAAAAAAAAUGACAAAGAAGCGAAAAAAAGAACCAGAGAAAAGAACUGGAAAAAAAGAAAUGGAAAAAAAGAAACAAAAAAAAACAGCAAGGCAAAAGCAGCAAAGCGAAGAGAACAAAGCUAAAACAGUAAUGCAAAAGCAACAAAGUGAAAGCAGCAACACAAAAACAACAAAACAAAGCAGCAAAGCAAAAAUAGCAAAGAAAAACAGCAAGAAAACAGCAAAAGCAAAAGCAGCAAAAGCGACAAAAGCAAAACAAAAACAACAAAACAAAAUCGACAAAGAAUGA